AUGACACUACUUGAGUACGACGUGCUACUGGCGGAAGCCGCAGACAGGUUCGACGCAGGCGAAGAACGCUUUUCUCAUGCUGCAACUCAUCAAAUUGCCCGCGGGCUGCCAGCGCUUGAUCUGCUGCUGCUGGAUGUGGCCGCAGAUGGCACGGUCGGGCGCUUGUGCCCAGAUUCGCGCGGGGCCAAGCUCACGGAGCAUCUGAGGGCAGACGGGUACCCCAAGACGGGGCUGUGGGAGCAGCGCCUAAGAUCUCUGGCGCUGCCGGAUUUAGAGGCCCCGGAGUCCGGCGCCGGAGCCGCCGGAGCCUCCGGAGCCUCGCGCUCCGGGCGCCGGCGGCUCGGAUGUAGGCGCCGACGCAGGGGGGCGCCCGUGCCGGAGGUCGUCCCAGGGCAGAGAGAGCGGAAGUGGCUGCGCAAGGCACAGGCGCUGCUGACACUUCUGCUGGUCCAUGUGGCUCUGCGAUGUCAACUUUUGCAGCACCCGAAGGGAACGUUGGCCCGGUUGCUGGUGUACCCAGUGCAUGCCCUCUACACCGCGGAGUACACGCUGAUCGUUUUGGCACCGGCAAUUUGUUGGGUCACUAUGCUUAUUUGGAGCCGGCUGGAUUUGCCAGGGCAGGAUGGCGUCGCAGGUCAGAGGAUAUCCACAGUCCUGCGCACCAGCCUGUGGGCCAGCCUGGCUUUGGUUGCGGCUUUCGCCCUUUUGGACGGCGAAUUCUCGGUGCGCGUGGCCACACUGGUGUAUCUCUUUGCAACGGCGGUUUGGCUGGCUUGCAGGAGCGAGCAGUGCAAGGGCUUGAGACGGCUCGCACGCACCUGGGCAGUGUUUUGGCCCCUGAUUUGCGAGUACAAGCUCAUGUACUACUGGUUGCAGUUCGCGAACCACAGCGGCCUCGACGUGCAGGGCGCCUACGCGCCGCUGCACGAGAAGUACGCGCCGCGGGUCCUACGGCUUCUGGUGGAGCAGGGCGGGGUUUUUGUGAAGAUCGGGCAGAUGCUGUCGCUGCUCCCCAGCGGGGUCUUGCCCGAGCCAUUUCUCAGGGAGUUCAAGUCGCUGCAGUGCCGCGUGCCCCCGCGCUGCGGGCGAGAGGUGCGGCGCUUGGUGUCCGAGGCCUUGGGCCAACCACUGGAGGCCGUUUUCAGCCGCUUCGACGAGGUGCCCAUUGGCUCGGCCAGCAUCGGCCAAGUGCACCGGGCAAAGCUGGCAGCCAGCGGCCUGGAGGUUGUGGUCAAGGUGCAAUACCCGGAAGUCUCCCAGACCAUUGAAGCCGACUUCACGAAUUGCGAGCGAAUCGUGUGGCUUCUGGACAAGUCCAAGAUUGAUGAGGUGCGGGAAGCGAAGAAGCACUACAUCGACGAGUUGGAUUUCAAUAAGGAGGCAUCCAAUCUGCUGCGAGUUCGAGUUGGCCUGUGCAAAGAAUUUCCAGAUGUUCGGGUACCCGAGCCCAUCUUGGAGUUCUGUAGUCCCCGGGUGCUGGUUAUGACGUAUUUGUCUGGCCAUUCACUUCUAGACGCAAUUAUGGAUAUGGCAGAGGCCAUCGCCAAGAUGCGGGGCAAGAGUGUGGAAGAUCUCAUCGCAGACUUUACGUCCAAGGACUCGGAGAACUCCGAGCUCAUCCGGCAGGACUCCGGCAGGAUUGACCUGCCCAAAGAGAAGAGACGGUGGCGGCUGCUUGUGGCCAACAUGAUGCCAUCCCUGCUGCCCAGCAUUCCAGACACCGCGAAGCUGAAGCUUUUGCAGCUUUGCAUGUCGACGUCCCGGUCUGCGCGUAACUUUGGGGUUGGCUUGUACAACUCCUCCGCGGGUAGACUCGGGGCCAGCAAGCUUGCCUAUUCCAGGACGCUGCCCAGUUUUGAUCCCAAGGAGCUGAGCAAGAAGCUGUGGCUGAUCCACGGGCACCAGGUAUUGAUUGAUGGGCUCUUCAGCACGGAUCCCCACCCUGGCAACAUCCUGGUGGGAAAGGGCCGAGACGCUGUGGGGCUCAUCGAUUUUGGCCAGGUCUGCGAGUUGAAGCUGCAAACUCGAGUGCUCUUCGCUCGCUUGUUGCUGGCCCUGGCCAGUGACGACGACCGCCAAAUCGUGGAGUGGUACAAACAGCUGGGGAUGAGGAGUAGAAACGGAUCGGAGCUGCUGGCGCUGAAUGCUCGGGUGAAAUUCGGGCACAGCUCCAUCCUGAGCAAGGAGACCUACGAGCGGUACCGGUCUUUGUCUGCAGAAGACGCCUUGUCCAGUACAGGGGACUACUGCCUGGGCCGCGUGGAGCGUUUGGUGCAGAUCCUCCGCGGGACUAGCUUCCUACUGGGCGUGCCCUCGGCCCAUGGGCCCACCACCCUCUGGUUGGACAUAGCCCGGAAGCUGAUCGGGGGAAGUUCGAGCGCCAGCGAUUCGAGCACGGAGGGCUCCGAAGGUGGAGUGGAGUUGCAGGAGGCUGAUGCUUUGCCGGCAUAG